AUGCUCAGCGCCAGGGGCAUCGUUGUCUUCUCCGGCGGUAGCGCCGCCAACUCUCUUGUCGACGUCUUCGAAGCCGUCCGCGAAACCAAAAACUGCCCUCUAUCCUACAUCAUCCCUAUAAGCGAUAACGGCGGUUCCUCGUCCGAGCUGAUACGUGUCUUUGGGGGACCGGGAAUCGGGGACGUGCGCAGUCGACUGGUCAGGUUGAUUCCCACCGAUCCGCCUUCGACCGAGAGGUCGGCCAUCUCCAACUUGUUUAAUCACCGGUUGUCGUCGUCUUCCUCAACGGAUGCGGCGAAUCAAUGGCAGAGCAUAGUCUGGGGCACGUCUGAGCUUUGGAACGGCAUCCCCUCGGCGAAGAAAGAGCUGAUCCGCUCGUUUCUCAAUCUCCUGAAUCUGGAGAUCAUGAAGCGAGCAAGACCUUCUUCGACGUUCGACUUCACGUCGGCGAGUGUUGGGAAUCUGUUCUUGACCGGUGCACGACUCUUCAGCGGCAGCUUCGAAUCUGCAAUCUACUUGUUGAGCAGCAUAUGUGCCAUCCCUGACGGAGAGGUGCGAGUCAUCCCGAGCAUCAAUUCCAACUUCUCCCACCAUAUUGCGGCCGGACUGGCGAAUGGCGAGAUUAUCGUUGGGCAGAACAACAUCUCGCAUCCUGCGGCCAAGACCGCGCUGGAAAUGCCCACAGUAUCUCCAUCAACUAAACCGGCCGAGUUCCGUGUCCGUCACAGUGUCGACCACUCUGAGGACAUCGAGGACGCUCAUUUGCCAGGGACACUUCCGACGCUCAGACAGCGAAAUAUCAAAUUCAGCAAAGAUCUCGACCAAGACCUCCUGGCUCGAAUCGAGCGAAUAUGGUACAUCAAUCCCUACGGACAAGAAAUGCUUCCCCCGGCCAAUCCACGAGUGAUCUCGGCGAUCAAGCAAUCCCAGGUUGUCAUAUACUCUAUCGGUUCCCUAUACACAUCUAUCAUUCCUUCCAUUGUCCUUAAAGGCGUCGGAGAGGCCUUACGCACGACUCCUGCCCGCCACAAGAUUCUCAUCCUGAAUGGCUCUUUAGAUCGUGAGACUGGCCCAAGUUCAAAUCCCUUUUCUGCGUUUGACUUUGUGGAGGCAAUCGCUCGCGCUUGUGAACAGUCCCAGGGAUGUUUAUGGAGACCCAAGCUUCACACUUCACGAUCAGAUGACACAUUGAAGUCAUCGGCGCCAUCAUCUCCUGCAGCUGUUCGACACGGCGAAUUCCUUUUCCCGGCGACAAACCACCAUUCUCAUGAUACUGCUCGAGACUCGAUUUACCGUAAAUAUGUGACGCACGUAAUUCACUUGACUGGUGAAGGUACUCCACGUGUCGAUCGAAACCAUCUUGCUUCUCUUGGAAUCGACUGUCUGAAGUUGUAUGGUCGCAAGAGUUCCAAGGGCGAAAUGUUCUACGAUCCACAAGCCCUGACCGGAGCCAUCGAAGCGAUUGUCGGCAAAAAGGGAGAUGCCAUGGCCCUGAGCAGAAGUCGAAGAAACACCGUCGAUGCAAAUGCCUUGACUCAGUUGCAAGAAGCAAGGGUGAAUGCUCGAAUAGAAGCCCUUAAGACUCCGUGA